GUGUGCAACAUGGCGUCUUCCGACGUGCACGUCCGAAUUUGCGAACAAGAAAUAUUAAAAUAUGACCUGGAAGUCAAGGCUCUCAUCCAGCAUCUGGGCUUGUGCUUUUAUCCUAUCCUUUUGCUGGUAGUGAUCCCAUCAAAAUGGUGUGUGUCAUGUUCUACCAGGACAUUAACGAGUGCAGAGGUCCUCAAAGCAAGUUGACGGAACUGAACGCUGACGUGAAAAAGAGUUUUCACAAUCUACGGUUGCGCAUACAAGAUUUAGAGCAGAUGGCAAUGGAGCAGGACAAAGAGUCUGAAAAGCUGGCCUUGAUCAGUCAAGUACAAGGACACAGGAAACAGAUGCUGAGCAACCAGACUGCCUGGAGGAAGUCCAACCUGGCCAGCAAAUUGUCAAUCGACAAUAUGGAGAAGCAGGCGCUGCUUAGUGGAGCUGAUAGUGGCGCCAGGCAGAGGAAGACCACCAAAGAAGGCCUGGCCCAGACGUCCAGUGACAUUACAAAGAAUCUGAUGAGCAUCAGUCGAAUGAUGGCCCAGCAAGUUCAUCAGAGCGAGGAGGCGAUGACCACACUGGCAACCUCGUCCAGGACCAUCCAGGAGGCCAACGAUGAAUUUAAGACCAUGACAGGAACCAUUCAGCUUGGGAGAAAACUCAUCACCAAGUACAACCGCAGAGAGCUCACUGAUAAACUGCUCAUCUUCCUUGCGCUGGCCCUCUUCCUCGCCACAGUCCUCUACAUCUUGAAGAAGAGACUCUUUCCCUUCUUUUGAGGAGUGCAAGCCAUGACCACAUUCCAGUACUUUCCCCAAGUGAGCGCAAAUGAUUUCAAACGUCCUGCAUGUUUUGUUACCUCGCUAGCUUCUGCUCACUGUCUCCAUUUAGUAUGUUGAACGAAAUACUGCACAUCACGCAAUGGAUAGGUUAUAUUUUUCUAGAAAAAAAAGAAGAAAGAAAGAAAGAAAGAAAGGGGGGGAGAGGACGGACUUUUAGCAUAAUGUGUGUCUGAAGCCUCUGUAUGUGAAACUUGUUCUCUCAACCAGUGCCAACAUAAACCACUGUAGUUAGUACAAAAUCCACAAAUAAAGACACAAAUUUGACUAAACAUUCAUGUAGUAUGAAAAUAAGAAUGACCUUAUGACAGUAUAGAUUUUUGGGCAACAAAGUACUCCUGAGAAUAUAUUGUUCGUGUGACAAUGGUGGUCUCUAAAUUUCUCUCUCUUUUUUUUUUUGUAAUGGUUCAUGUUAAAAGUCUCUGCAUUUCUAUCAACUAUCAAUUCUCCAAUCAAAUAUGCACAAAUUAUGUACUUAUCUAAUGCAAGUACCGUGGAACCUCUGAAGUUAAACAAAACCGAAUUCCAUAGAAAAUAAUGGAUAGAAAUAAUGUUGCAAUGAUAAAACCUUUAUUAACUGUAUAGCCAACUAUUAAAAGAAGUCUCCCGCUCUUUGAAUUUAAAUGUAAAAACAACAAAGUCAUUCUUAUCUUUUUUAAUGAAUCUCACUUUUUCGCAUAGUUAACUGCUGCAUGGGUGUAGAAAGCAGUUAACCUCUGUGAACAAUAAUAAUAAUAAUCACAACAUAACUUGUUAUAGACCAUUCUUUUGGUUUAAGGGUAAGCAAAAUAUCCUUUAAUGAUUGUCUCUUAAAAUAUGCUCAGGUCUCGUGUUUCAUCAUCCACAGCAACAGUCCUAUUAAAAUAAUUAGCAAAAAGCCAAAGAAAAAGCAAACCACACAUAUCCAGAAUGAAUCCUCUAAUGCGGUUGGAACUCUGAAAUUAGAGGAAUACUCUUCCUAAAAACUUUGAAAUUGUACAACCUCAGGACUGUUUGACUUUAGAGGUUUCGCUGUGAAGUGCUUGAGCAUUUUAAAGAUGAGAAACAUCACACUUUUGAACCCUUUUACAUUUCAAACACAACUCUUCAUUGCGUUUUACUCCGAUUUGGAGCGUUCAGUGUGUUGGCGCCUCACAAUGCACCUGUUAAUCUUGCAAGCCGAAAAAAUGCAUGUCGCUGCGUAGCCAUGAGCGUCCGUGAAUGACCGAGACAGAACAGCGCACGUCCCUGUCUUUCUUCAGAUAAGACCCGGAAAAGCAAAGUUUAUCCCGCCCGUUUUUCCCCUCUCCAAUGUGGCUUGAGUUGUGAUGGUGGGGGAUAUUUUUGGUGUGUGGGGAUUUGUUAUCUGACGUCGCCUUUUCAGCACCUCGUAGGAGAGCGUGUCCAGAGGAGCUGCGUGACCUCGCUGCAAUCAUCUCACCUUGCCAUCAUUUUGAAUAUGUUCAUGUUUAAUGAAUAAAUAAUCCUUCUGCAUGAA